AAAUAUUUCGGCGCAUGCAUUACAAACUUCAGUUGUCUCCAGCGUUUAUUCACGAUAUAAACGUAUUUUAUGUUCAGUGGAAUUACUUUGAAAUGUGCAUAAAUGUUUAAACAAACGUUUUGUAUCAUUAAUAAUUUGAAUUAAUAUCAAACAUAUAAAACAACAACAAAUAAAAUGUCGAAAAACACGUGGUUAGCUUGGAUACUUGUGUGGAAUUUAAUGUGUAAAUAUACAGAAGUUUCUGCAGACACUGAAGGACCAAAGUGCGACCCACCAUGGGAAAAGCUUCACAGAACGUGUGUACAGUUCAUGAAAGCGAAGCCAUUUUUAACUUGGCAAAAAGCUCGCGAUUCCUGUAUAAGUAUGAAUGCUGACCUUCUCAGUGUUAACGACAAAGAAGAAAAUGGAAAGUUGAAACCUUUAGUGAGGAGACAUGUGCGUAGUAGGGACUUACUCUAUUGGUGGAUUGGAAUACGUGAAGUUGGGCACUCCUGGCUGUGGUUGGAUAAUGACGAGCAAUAUGCAAACAUACCUGAAUGGGCAGCUGGUCCAGGUCGUUUUCACACAGGAAGAUGCGGACUUUAUAGUUUCAGGGGAACUCUGGAAAAUGUGGAAUGUGAACUAGAGAAACCUUACAUAUGUGAACAAUUUAAAGUGACGACUGAUUCAACGACCUCAACAACAACAACAACAACAACAACAACAACAACAACAGAAAAGGCCACUUCAGCCUCAACCGAUAAACAAACUCCAAACCCAAUUACAGAAUCAUACACUACAACAGUCAUUAACAAAGGGCCUCUAACAGACAGAAUAACUGGUAAUUUAACCAUGAUUUAUAUUUUUAAGUUUACAUAUUAAUGCUGGAAAGGUCAAAAUAUCCCACCUUUUAGCAUAUAUAAAUAAAUCAGAUACAGUUCUAUUAAGUUGCCAAUCAACCAUUGAUAGAUAUAUAUGAUUUUAACCUUUGUUGUAAAUAUAUACAAUUAUCCUUGAGAUAAACAGUGUAUUUCAACCACUUUAUAGAUAUAUGUAGAUAUAUACAUUGUAUGUAUUAUAUGCUUUUAUGUGAAAAGUGAAAUUAUUGUUUUAUCAAUUCCAUGGUGAAAUUAUCAAAACAUAGUUUAUCUGAAGCUAUAUUUGAAUGCGGAUAAAAAAAUGUAUAGUAAAUGAAUGGAAAUUUGACAGAAAUACACUCCACCGUUAGUAAAAUAUGCAUGAUUACGGAAAACCAUUUUCACAAAACAUGUUCUAAUGUCAAAAUGUUCGAGCUUUUUGUAAAAGAAAUAUGCCAAGUCCAACGUCAUUUUAAGUUUUAUAGCGCGCGAGAAUUGGAAUGUGGAGGGCAGAAUAAAGGAAAAUUGACAGUUCGUAGAGACAAAAAACCCGGUAAGUUAUCAGUUUCUCCGGCUUUUUUAAUUUCUUUUAUCAUUUCUGUGCAAUACAUUUUGUCAAUAUUGAUUUUUUCAUGAUGGUUUGCUUUGUUAGAUAAUUUAGAUUUUAGAAAAUUCGUAAAUACUAUUUUAGAUGUAGAACUAAAGCUACUUACUCACAAAAUGCCAUUAACAGGCAGCUCCAAAUUUAUGGAAACAGAUUGACAGAAAACACCACAUUUAUUGAGUCUGACUUGCAGACAGCACCACAUUAAUUGAGUCUAAUUGACAAACUGCACAAAAUUUAGGGAGAAUAAUUGACAGAUAGAACCACAUCUUUGAAUGAUUAUUCUAAUUGUGAAAAAAUGACCCGAAAUUGAAAAGUGUGGCAAUGCUUUUCACUGA